AUGGGUGACCAUGCAUCAGAUGAUGGUGACCAGCUCGCCGGUCCUCCCCUCGAGCUGUCGCUCUCGAUGACGGGCGAGGAGUGCAGCAGAUCAUGUCUGAAGGCUUUACCAGCACCAUCGCCGGUCUUUGGCUCUCCUUUCACCACCAUGCUAGGCUUCCUCCAUAAGGAGCCCCAGGCGCUGCAGGCCAGACGU